AUGGAUAACGAAAAUAAAUUAGAAGAACUGGCUCUCAGUCUGUACAAAAUUGAUGCAGUUAAGUUUGGAGAGUUUAUGACUAAAAGUGGAAUUAAAACACCCGUUUACUUUGAUCUACGGGUUAUCGUGAGCUACCCUAAUGUUAUGGAAUUAAUAUCUAAUUUGCUGUAUGAUUUUGCUAUUAAGGGAAACAAUUUUGAACAUGUUUGUGGUGUACCAUAUACAGCAUUACCUAUUGCUACAUUACUUAGUGUUAAAGCCAAAAAAUCCAUGUUGAUGAGACGUAAAGAAGCCAAGUCAUAUGGCACAAAAAAAGUUAUAGAGGGUCAUUACAAACCAGGUGAUUUAUGUCUUAUUAUUGAAGAUGUAGUUACAUCUGGCUCUAGUGUAUUAGAGACUGUUAAUGAUUUAAGAAAAGAAGGCUUAAAAGCAGAUGAAGCCAUUAUAAUAUUAGACAGAGAACAGGGAGGAAAACAAAAUUUGGCUUCAAAUAAUGUACAAAUUAAAGCAUUAUUUACAAUGACUGAAUUAAUCAAAAUUCUUGUUAAAAACAAGAAAAUAAGCGAGCAAAUUGGUCUAGAUGUGAUGAAUUAUUUGAAAAACAUUCAAGCUCCAGUAUCUGCACUAGCCACAGAAAGAAUAUUAAUUUCUUAUGAAAAAAGAGCUGAAUUAGCUAAAAAUGCCAUUGCAAGACAACUAUUCACUAUAAUGGCUAUAAAGAAAACCAACUUGUGUUUAUCGGUAGAUCUCACAACUUCCACAGAAAUUUUAGACCUUAUAGAAAAAGUUGGAGACCAUGUAUGUUUAGUAAAAACACAUGUGGAUAUCAUUGAAGAUUUUUCUAAUAAUUUUAUAUCACAACUGCAGCAAUUGGCAAAAAAAUUUAACUUCUUGAUCUUAGAAGACAGAAAAUAUGCAGAUAUUGGACAUACAGUAUCGUUACAGUAUUCUCAAGGUCUAUAUAAAGUUUCUGAUUGGGCUGAUUGUGUCACAUCACACUCUUUACCUGGAGAAGGUAUUCUGAAGGCUUUGAAUAACUCAUCAAAUGGUAUCAGUCGAGGAGUUUUUUUAUUGGCUGAAAUGAGCAGUGAGGGCAAUCUCAUCACACCUGAUUAUACAGAGGCAACUGUAAAAAUGGCUGCAAAAUAUCCAGAAUUGAUUACAGGGUUUGUGUGUCAAAAUAAAAAUACUUUUAAUAAUCCAGGUCUUAUUCAGCUAACUCCUGGAGUGCAGUUAGAGAGCUCUAAAGACAAUCUUGGCCAAGUCUAUAACACUCCUGAUAAAGUUAUUUUGGAAAAUGGUGCUGAUAUCAUUGUAGUGGGAAGAGGUAUUGUUGCAUCGAAAAACCCAGAAACCCAAGCUGUUAUUUAUAAAGAUGCUUUAUGGAAAUGUUAUAUGAAGAGAGUAUCGGGUAAAAUAGAA